AUGAAUAAAGAGCCAUUGAGAGGAAGAAUAACUGAUGAUUAUUCUCGGAAUAGUCAAAACCAGGUAAACCUUCCUGAGAAGGCAAACGAAAGCUGUGAUGUCUUCAGUCAGGAGAUUAAUGAUGAAAGGAUUCCCAAGAAAUACUUCUCUGUCCCUGUACAUUCUCAUUUUAGCCCAGAGUACUUAAAAAGCAAGUUAAAGCAACCGAACCCUGAGCCUUCAGUCUCAAAUAGCAAUAUAACCGGAUUGAGCCCUAUUGGAUAUUUCUCGCCCGACAGCUCAGAGAACAUCAAUAGCAGCACUCCAGAGAAGAAGAGGAAGAUGCCAAACACAAGUGUAGGGAAUUCCUCUGAUGCAGCUUAUGAUUGUCAUUUGUUAGAAAGCAACGAUAAAUUUCUGAAAAGCCACGAUAGCUCGAUGUUCACCAAGUCCCAACAGAACAGUGUUCUUACUAAGGGUCUUAAGAACUUCAGUCUCAGUGAGGGCAUCACUUGUGAAGACUCUAAGGAGUGAUAUUCUAAGGGGAUUCCAAGCAAGCCUGGAAAGUUUAAGAAUUUAAACUUUUCUUUAUAUCCAAAGAACCCAUUGAGCAGGUCGCAGUCUUCAUUCUACUACAAACAGCUUGAUAUUUCGAGACUGAGCAGCUUAAGCACUGAUAAAAUCAGGGCUGAUGCUGUGGUUGAAAAGAGAAAGGCACCAACCACAAAGCGUUCAGUGGUAACCUUGUCGAGGGCAUCUAGUCAAUCGAGGUCUGAGAAGCCGAGAGAUAUGAAAAUGCCUGAUCCUUCAAGCAUAGAAAUUUAUAAACAAUUCGAGAAAACCCUAAAAGAAUUGUACAACCUUGUGAAGGACACUAAAGCUCAAGAUCUCUCAGUUCUCCAAGCGAGGAUAAAAGAUAUUUGGAAGGAAGUUGGUGAAUAUGUUGCUGAACUAUACAAGCUUGAAAUUCCCACACAACGCUGUUAUAAUCAAGACAAAAGGACACUGGUAAAGACCAGGAAGCAACUGGAAGUAACACUCUAUAUCCUAAUAGGGGCUCUUUUCCUGAAUGAAGCUGGCCAUCAUAACUUCCGAAAUUUGUACUAUAAUGUAUACCAGAACUACGUAGCUUAUCUCGAAUGGGCUCUAAGAGGAAUUCUCAGUAGCUCUCAAGCAAAAGAGAGCCGAACCUCUGAGGCUGCCGAAUUCAUCAAGGAUCUCAGUAAGGGAAAAUCCAAAUUUGGAAGAGAUAAAGCCGAUCUUUUUAUGAAGAGAAAGAAUGAAUUUGCUCUAUGAUUACUGAGGAAUGCCUGCCAGAGUAAAGAUACUGAAGUUAACAAGCUCAUCUCGAAAAGGCUGAAAGAGGUAAUGAAGGAUACCAAAGAUAACAAGACACCUAAAGCCUUGCUUCAAUUCUACGAUGGAUUGACAAAGCAAAUGAACAAACGCAAGACUGGUUGUUCCAAACCAAAACAUAAUUUCAAGCCUUCCAAACCUAAACUGAGGAAGGUUUGAAGUAUUUCUCAUAAUAAGAGCGAUAGGAACAUCAAAGUGAAGAGGAACUAUAGCGCUAAAUAUCUUGAGCCAAAGUCCAAGGUUUUAAAGAAGCACUACAAGAUUGAGAAGCCACCCCCUGCAUUGUGUAAACAGAAGUCUUCUCCAAAAUUCACAAAAGAAUCAAGGGCAAAGUACCAGAUAAGCUCAUCUAAGAUUAAGAAGAGUUUUGUAGGGAUCCAUCCAGACUUGCCCUUCCAGUAUAACAAUGUAAAGAGGGCCCUCAGGGACCAAUCCAAGGAAAACAAGGCGACUCCUGCUUAUAUUAAGGGUGUCAGUAGGUAUAGAAGAAGAGUUCCCAGAGAAGAGAGAAAUCAGAGCAAGAAAAGAGCUCAUAUUAAUAAAGAAAUCACACAAAAGAAACAAGCAUUAGGUGAUAUCACUAAUUUGGAGCAAGUCAUAUCUAGGGAAAGCUCAAAACCUGAGAUUGAGUUUGUUGAAGCACCUAAGAAGCAUGAAAAACCUUUGAAAGUGGAAGAAGAAUGAGAUGCACUAUAUUUUCAAAUGCCUGAUGAUUCUUCCAUCAAAGUUAUAUCACCAACUAAAUCAUUAAGAUACUCAACUACAUCAGGAAGGGAUGGAUUCUUGCCUCUGAGAGAUAGCACGACUCCACCUUAUACUCUAAUUCUAGAUCUUGAUGAGACUCUGAUACAUUUUGCUGAGGAAGAAGAGAAAGCUACAUUACUGGAACAACCACAUAUCUUGAAUUUCAAGAUAGCGUACAAGCAGAUUUACAAAAUUGUUGACUCUGAAACAGGAUGUGAAGAGUAUUUCCAUGUAAGGCCAUACGCUCAAAAACUUCUCCGAGAGUUAUCAAAGUACUAUGAAGUAGUCAUUUUCACAGCUGGGACAAAGGACUAUGCAGAUGCAAUCUUAAAUGAACUUUAUUGUUCAAAGUAUAUCUCAUAUCGUCUCUACAGGCAUCAUACCAUCAAUGAGGAUGAGGUUUAUGUCAAAGACCUCGAGCUCAUUGGGAGGCCAAUUGAGAAGACUAUCAUUGUGGAUAACACGAAGGACAAUUUUAUGUACCAGAAAGAGAAUGGGAUCCCUAUCCUCAGCUGGUACGAUGAUGAAAACGAUAAGACUCUGUUUGACCUAACAAGAAUUCUUAGAAAAAUUGCUGAGCAGAAACCCAUAGAUAUCAGGAGAGAAGUUAGAGAUUGGAGAGAGAUCUUUGACCAAUUCAUACAGUACGGCAAGAAGCUACCUCAAGCUAUUGAUGAAAGUCUCUAA